UCUCAACUGACCCGAACGACAACCACUCAAUUUGAACCCAUGUGAUUAGCCUGUGCCUCACCCUUGGAACAUUGUUAACUCGACCAGACUGCCCAACCACUUAGUGACCUUUUCCGCUUUCUCUUUCUAUUGUCCAACCCUGUCUCCGCUUCAUCCUGAGUGCGAAAGGCAGACGCCGCGCAACCCGGAACUCCCGCUCCGCGCCACUGCAAACGACAAAGUUCCUCGCCGCACAGUGUUCAGUUCUUCACUCGGUUCCAGCCAGUGACAGGGCUGGCAACCCUCGAGCGCUCUAUCACUUCCUCCAUAUUGGCGUCUCUAGUGCCACUCCCAAUUCGCCCUCAUUGCAGGUUGUGCCGACGUGUCCUUCAACGAAGUUGCCGACAAUCUUUGCAACAAGCGAGGACAUCGAGAUUUAUUUUCGGGUGGCCACUAGGCCAUACCGAAGCCAUGGCGUCGACAUCCGGCGAUAAGAAGGCGGAGAAGUCGUAUCUCGCCUCAGCUGUCGACUCUAUCAAUCCGUGGGCCCGGGGCCGCAGCGCGACCCCGACACCGAAAGAACCUCAGCCCGUCAUCGCUCCGUCAAAUUCUGUAGACCAUACGACGAACCCUUACUAUGGACAGAGCCUCUGGAGCUAUCCGCCGGACUGUCCACAGCUGAAAGUGCAAUGGUUCCACGCAGUGGACGUCCCGAAACGCAAGCCAAAGUUCAUGCAAUCCAAUAGUACUAGCGACACAAAACCGCCGCAAGCGAAGAAGUUUGUCACGUUCUCUGUCGAGGACUCCCGCGCCAUCGAAGCCGCAUAUCAGAACAAACUACAGGAGCUGGAGGCGGAAAGAAGUCAGGAAAGCGUGCAUGCCGCUGCACGCGCGGGAUCUAAACGGCCGCGUGCCGCCUCUCCAGAAGCAGCACAGGACGCAGAUCAAACGAUUCCCUCCACAAGAGUCGCGGUAAACGAAGACUUUCUCUUCGACGUCAGCAUAGAAGACCGUGAACUUGCCCCUGUCUAUUGGGAGGGCCCUGUCUACGAGGUGCGGCGUGGAAGCUGGUUCUAUCAAGAAGGUUCGACACUCCGGCCCUGUGAGGAGAAUCUAGCCGCCCAGCUUGAAGAGGGCUACCUCAAGGUCAAGCCCUGGCAGUACCCGCUCAGGUCGCGUAGCAAUUCUGCCUCAAAGGUUGAUACUUCAAAGGCCUCGAUCGAUAAUCUGAGGAAUGCUGCCGAAGCGCAAGAUGAUGUAUCCAAGAAAAAUCCUGCAGCAACUCAACAGCAUCCGUCAACGCACCGUCUCUUUGGGAGCUACAUGAAUAGCGUUGUGACGUACCAAGAUUCAGCCACAGCCUGGCUGUCGUCGGACAGCAUGUUAUCCUGGGUGACGUCCACGGUAUACGAGAAAUUCGCCGUUGGCGGCUACUUGAGCGGUACAAAGCUCGUUCGUGGUUAUGAGGAGCCGAAAAAGUCUAAAGACGAGAAACGGCCGCCUACUCCAACAGAGACAAGGUCAGCCUCCAAAGACCGCGGCGACAAGCCGACCAAGGCGCAAAAGAGACGUUCCAUGCCCCCAUCCAGCACAGGAUCCGAGCCAGACGUUGUAAAGGAGGGGGUUCCAGACGCUCUUGAGAGCACUCGAAACCGUCUGACGCGGCAGAUAUCCAAUUUGAUCGAAGGCGUCGAGGAUCCAGACGGGGAGGAAGAGGCCAUUCGAGAGCGUGAGGAGAAGGAGAUUCUAGGAGAUUACAACGUACGGGCGGACGACAACCCGGGUCGCUCCAUUGAGCAUCUCGUGUUAGUCACCCACGGGAUUGGGCAGCUACUUUCGCGCAGGAUGGAAAGUAUCAACUUCGUGCACGACGUCAACGUACUACGCAAGACCAUGAAGUCCGUAUAUUCGGCUUCGGCAGACUUGCGGGCCUUGAACUCCGAGAUCGACGAACCUGGACUAGGGAACUGUCGUGUCCAGGUCCUGCCUGUUUGCUGGCGCCACCUCCUUGAUUUUCCAAAGCGCAAGCCAAAGAAAGGUGAACGUGACCUCGGCGAGAUAUUCAACGAAGAAGCAGACUAUCCCUCUCUCGAAGACAUAACCGUCGAGGGAGUGGCAUUUGCAAGGUCCCUUAUCUCGGACCUUGCUCUGGAUGUCCUCCUCUACCAAAGCGCCUAUCGAGAACAGAUCGCAGAGAUCGUUCUGAAGGAGGCGAAUCGAAUCUACAGGAUCUUCAAGGAGCGUAACCCUGAGUUCAACGGCAAAGUCCACAUUGUGGGACACUCACUAGGUUCCGCAAUCAUGUUCGACAUACUCUGCCGACAGAAAGAGCAGAAAAGGGUGAACGAGUCGCCGAGGAAUCCCCUCCGGUUCUGGCCUGCUUCGCAGGACAGGUAUGAGCCAAAGGAACCGAAAGAGCUCGCCUUCGAUUUUGAAGUCGAGGACUUUUACUGUCUCGGCUCUCCUAUUGGGCUGUUUCAGAUGCUCAAGGGGCGAACGAUCGCUGCACGGAAUCACCCCAGUGCUCUCCCAUCCGAAAGCCCGCUCAACCCAGAGUACAUGGACGAUCCCUUUCUGGAUAUCCCCGCUUCUCAAUCCUACUCCAACCAACGCGUUUCGCCAAUCACCGGACUCCCAUUCACCGUUUCCUCCCCGAAGGUCGGACAGCUAUUCAACAUCUUCCAUCCCUCCGAUCCCAUUGCUUAUCGGCUGGAGCCAUUGAUAGCCCCAGAAAUGACAACGCUGAAACCCCAGGCGCUGCCAUACACAAAAAAGAGCCUCUUCGGCUCCGUCGCGCAGCAAGGCUUAACUGGCAUCGGCGCCAAGGUCGGCCAAAGUGUCUCCGGCCUGUGGAGCAGCCUCAGCGCCGGCAUCGCAAGCAACCUCCUCAACCGCAGCCUGGGCCUCAGCAAUGAAGAUGUAGCCAAGAUCACGGCGUCUCAACAGCAGCAGCAGCAGCAGCAGCAUGCUCUCAGCCCUGGUGCUGGAACCAAUGUCUCAGCGGGCGUCAUCCCCGAUGCCAGUGCUCUGUCUGCGGCUGAGCGAAGCGAGAAAACGGCGGAGCGCAUGCGGCAGCUAGCCAGUGUCGCAACCAAUGGCCGCGGGCCAACGGUGAGUGGCAACGAAGCGACACUGAUCGAUGAUGAGUUGGAGACGCUGUUUAGCAGGUUCCAGAAGAACCGGGUUGAUAUGGCAGCUAAGGAAAAGGGUAAGGACAAGGGGGCCGCUGCUGGAGACAGUAUCAGCCUCAGUAAGGAGAAAUUCCUGGAGGAGGAGAGGAAGGCUCAGAGGCUGAGGCGGGAGGAAAUGAAGAUUCGGGCGCUGAACCGGAAUGGGAGGGUGGAUUACUGCAUUCAGGAGAGCGUGUUGGAUUUCAAUCCGAUUAAUACCAUCGCCUCGCAUAUGAGCUACUGGGCGGACGAGGACGUCAGUCAUUUUAUGCUGUCACAAAUGUUGGCGAGCAAACCGCGGACGCCCAGGAGUUGACCAGCCUGUGGCUGAGAGUAGCAACUCCAUCCGCCACCUCUGAACCUUUCUAUGGCGUUAUUGAGGGAGUAUGGCUUAUACAGAGGGGGCUGCAUUCGGGAGGAUAGAAGGUGUCAAAUACCAUCUCGACACGGCGUUUCUGUGUGUACAUGUGGAUUCUUCG